GAAGAUGAUAGAAGAACGAACUAGCUUCACUGGAAGGCUUCGUCCAUACAAUCCCUUCCUCUUCGAAACAAAUCUCAAUGAAGACCUUGAUAUCGAAUUCUGUAAUCAAUCUUUGGAGGCCUCACUUCCCAAGUUUAAAUUUUCUCUUCAUUGUUCCCUCGCUUUCUCGUGAAAUCCGGAGCCUUCCAUCUGUUUCUCACAGGAAAUGGCCUGAUAGACCGGGACUCCUCAAAUUCUCUAUCUUCCGAGCGAAUUGUGCUUCUGGGUCAGCGAGCUAUGGAGGCUGGGAUAAUCUGGGACUCGUUGGUGACUUGGACUGCUCUGGUGAGUCUGACACGGAUCAAUUUCGUAAUUUUCUUGUUUCUGUUGGAUUUUACGACAGAAAACAUGUUUUCGUAUUUGCAUUAGGGUUAUUGUGUGCUUUGGUGAUUUCUAGGGUUAGAGUUUCUUCAAUUAUAGUCUUUCCGGCUUCUGUAUUGGUUUUUGCUGUUGGGUUUUCACUUGGGCUUGUUCGUGGCGGAGGAAUAGGUGAAUUGAGCUAUAAUGGGAAUAAGAAGCGGGUGAAAGAGGAAAAUGUUAGGGUUUACAUUGAUAAAUUUAGGAAUUUGAUGGAAGUUGUAGAUGAAUUCCAUGUUAAAGUGAAUAAUCUCAAGAACAGAUUAGAGAAAGCUAUUGAUUCUAGAGAAAUUAGAAUUGUAGAUUUGGAAGAUUAUACCAUGGUCUUGGACUCCAUUAGUUUAUCUGCCUUAAAUGCUAGGAAUGUGAUUGAGGCUUCAAAUGAUCAUUUUGGUAGUUUUAGUGCUGUGUUAGCUGAGAAUCAGAAGUCAAAUAAAAAAACCAAAGAACUUGGUGAAAUUGGCUAUGACUUUUUUCAAUCUCUCGGGGCUUUGUUUAGACAAAACUUGGUUGAUUCCAAACCAACAAAAGUGAAAGGUAAUAGUGUUAAGCGAGGAACGGUUGGAGCUGCUGUGAAUGAUGAAACUCGUGCUAAUAGUUUAGUUACUUCUGCUGAGGAAAAGGUUAUAAACCCAGUUAAUGCGAAUAAGCCAAGAGCGAAUUCUGUUCUAUCUCACAAUUCAUCAAAUGAUCUCUCUUUUGAUGAGAAUGAUUCAUCAAAUGAGCUCGCUUUUGAUGAGAAUGGAGAUGAACAAAUCAGAAACAGAAAAAUAAAGGAGGAAGUUGGCAGACUUGGGCAGGCCAACAGUUUUAAUUAUAGUAAUGAGUAUAAUAAGCGAUUGCGGUUGGUGAAUAAUCAUCGAAUUUCUUUGAAGAUGGGCCAUGAUAAUCUUCUUGAAUCUGUCAAUUUUAGUGUCAGAAUGCAACACACAGAAACUGAAGCUUCCUUUGCUCAAAAGCAAAAGCUUGAGAGAUCUGAUGAUGUUUACAGGUCUUCUCGUAUCAAAGACAAAAGUGAGUAUAAUGCCAAUGUACCUCCAUUGAGAGAAGAGAACAUGAAUGUCAAAGACAAUACCCAUGUGGCUGAUGACCAACCUGGACUUGACAGUGAGGUUCAUUCCUCUAAAUCUUCAAUGGUUUCGGAUGAUGUUUUGUUUGAUCGGUAUCUUAGUGAAGCUAAUGACCUCCUUCGACAAGCUAAAGAGUUCAUGAGGGAUAGUCCCGAGAUGGAACUUGCAGACAUUGUAUUGUAUAAAUCUGCCGAACUUCUGUCGAAGGCUAUAGCUAUGAAGCCGAUGAGCUUGUUAGCUGUUGGACUGUUGGGAAACACUUACCUUCUUCAUGGAGAACUAAAAUUAAGGGUUAGCCGUGAGUUUAGGACUCUACUUUCAAGAAGUAAUCCAUCAUCUGUUGGAAAAUGGGGUAGCAUACGCAAUCAAACUGGAAGUAAAGAUGGCAUUGCGUCAGCCCUCAUUGAUGUUUGUGAAGAGUGUGAAAAACUUCUCGUGGAAGCUGGAAGAAAAUAUAGGCUGGCUUUAUCCAUUGAUGGGAAUGAUGUAAGGGCCCUGUAUAAUUGGGGUCUUGCUCUCACUUUUCGCGCACAGUUGAUAGCAGACAUUGGACCAGAGGCUUCCUUUGAUGCUGACAAAGUGUUCCUGGCUGCAAUCGAUAAGUUUGAUGCAAUGAUAUCCAAAGGCAACGUCUAUGCACCAGAUGCUUUGUUCAAAUGGGGCACGGUACUGCAACAAAGAUCCCGGUUGCGGCCAAGUAGUAGUAAAGAAAAAAUGAAACUGCUUCAGCAGGCAAAGAGGCUAUAUGAAGACGCUCUCGAUAUGAACUCAAACAAUCUCCAAGUAAGAGAAGCCUUGUCAACAUGCAUAUCUGAGCUUAGCAGUAGGCAAUUCUAGUCAUUCAAAAACAGACUGAACUUGCCUAUUUUUUUGGACCAUAUCUCCCUUCAUUCAAUCUCAGCCUUUCGGGUUUUUUGAUCUUUUCCCCAUGUUUUCCCCACUUCACAAGAAAAUAAAGAUUAAGUUGUGCUCUUUGUUUGGACCAUUCUUAGCAAAAUAAGAUUUGAUGCCUAGAGCAGAGUAUAUAAUAAAAAAAAUUCCUCCUUGCUAGGCGUCCAAUAAAUGGAGGAGCUGUUUUUUCUUGUUCCCUUACUAGGCGUCCAUUCAAUCACUAUGAAUACUUGUUAAUAUUAUUUUUGACAAUUUUAGAUUCAAUUGUAAUAUAUGAUAAUACUUGUAUUGUAUUGGAUUAAGUGGUAUAAGACCAAAUAUUUACUGAUUUAACACUUCCAUGGAA